AAUUCAGACCAUGCAUCUACUGAUUUGGGUCGGCUAACUCUUUACUAGUUGAAUAGAACCUUCGGCUUCCUUAAAUUCUAAACUCUUUACUAAAUCUUCCGUCAAUAUGGAAGCGUCAAACUGGAAAAUUGAUUUGUCAAAUAAGAAAAGUUGCAUUUGCUUGGUAACAAAGACACUUACUUAUUUUCAUUCUAUAAAACAAAGAACAAAAUUCAAAAGAUCAAAACCAGCACAUAAAAUUCCUAAACAUAAGUAAAGCAAAACCCAGGGAAUCAAAGUUGUGAGAUGGCAGAGGUGAAGUUGCUCGGUCUUUGGUAUAGCCCUUAUAGUAACAGAGUUGAAUGGGCUCUGAAGAUUAAGGGUGUCCAAUAUGAAUUUAUAGAAGAAGAUCUACAAAACAAGAGCCUUCUGCUUCUUGAAUCAAACCCUGUUCACAAGAAAAUCCCUGUUCUUAUUCACAAUGGUAAACCCAUUUGUGAGUCUAUGGUCAUUCUUGAAUACGUUGACGAGACAUUUGAAGGCCCUUCUAUAUUGCCUAAAGACCCUUAUGACCGGGCUAUGGCUCGUUUUUGGGCUAAGUUUUUUGAAGAAAAGGGGCAAGCAGUGGGGAAAAGUUUCUUUCUUAAAGGAGUGGAGCAAGUAAAAGCUAAAGAGGAACUUUGUGAGAUGCUGAAAGUAAUUGAUAAUGACCUCAAGGAUAAGAAGUUCUUUGUGGGCGACAAAUUUGGGUUUGCUGAUAUUGCUGCAAAUGUUGCGGCUUUUUGGCUGAGAGUUCUUGAAGAAGCAUCUGGAGUUGUUGUGGUGACAAGAGAAAAAUUUCCAAAUUUUUGUAGGUGGAGAGAUGAAUACAUUAACUGCAGUGGAAAUAAGAAAUAUUUACCUCCAAGAGAUGAGUUGCUUGUCCAUUUCAAAGGUCGUUUCCAAGCUGCUACAACUGUUGCAACUGUUGCCAAAUGAACACCUCAUAAAAAUAGAAGUGGAUUUAGAGCGAGUUUUGUGGAUUAACUGAAUGGUUGGUAUUCGUUUGAAAUAUGUAUACAUAAAAAAAAAAUAUGCAUGUAAUAAUUCGAAUUCACUGACUCUAGAUCUUGAAUUCGAGUUUGAAUAAAAUUACUUGUUAGAGAAAGUUAGCUUAGUCAGCUAUUCACAUAUCAUGAAGUGUCUCGUAUUAUUGUU